ACAAAACGUAGACUAGCACUAGAGGAUAAGGCCUCACAUUAAUAAUUAUCAUAAAUCUGCUGUUAUCGAAAAAAAUCAUGCCGUAUUGGCAAGAAAAUGAAAUUCGGUUCGAUGUGAGUUCAAGUUAUUUGGCUACGGUUACUGGCGAAUCAGUUCUUGAACGAGUAGAACCAGUUGAAGACACAAAAGCAAACAGCGGUGAAGCUGGCUGUUUAAUUAUGACAAAUUUGAGAUUGUUGUGGUUUUCCAAUAAAACUGCUAAGCUCAAUUUGACAAUUGGAUACAACACUUUAGUUACAAUUACUUCUCAGUCAGCAAAGAACAAAAAACUGAAUUCAACUGAUGCAUUGUAUCUGUUGGCCAAAGUAGGAAAUGGAAGGUUCGAAUUCUUAUUCACACCUUUACUGGAGAAUAAAACGAAUUAUUCUGUCAUUCUAAACGAAAUCCAUAAGAGUUAUGUUGCAUCAAAGCCGUUUCGUGAACUGCGACUGCGACACCAUAUUAUUCACGCUAAUCAGUUGAAAGUAAUGCCGCUUGAACAUAUAUGUAACAGGGUCGAGGGAGUCUGGAAUUUAGCCAACAACCAAGGAAAUUUGGGUUGUUUCAUCAUUACAAAUGUUCGAGUCGUUUGGUUCGCUACUUUGAAUGAAUAUUUUAACAUUUCUCUUCCUUACUUACAAAUCGCACAGUUUAGCCUACGAGACUCAAAAUUUGGCAAAGUUCUGGUAAUAGAAUCAACGGAGAAUAACGGAGGACGAUACCUUCUGGGUUUUCGCAUAGAUCCAGCAAGUCGACUCAAACAAAUCCUCCAAGAAAUUCAAUCAUUGCAUCUCACACAGAUACGGAAUCCCGAACUUGGCGUUUCUUGGAAUUCCAUUUCAACGCGUCAAACAGAUGCCUUAGGACCAGUUCAAGACGAGAAGGAAGACGAAGGUGUACGGUGUUUUACUAAUUAUUUACAGACUGACUAUAUGGAUUCAGUUUCUUGUGGUCAUCCACCUGAAUUCGAUAGAACUAUCGGCCUAGCAAUGGAGAAGCUACCGAGCGGAGUCAAUCGUAACACACUUUGGCAAAUAAUUUUUUAAAAAUGCAGGGAAAUUCUAAAAAUAUAAUUAAUGCAACCAUCCCCGUAUCCCGUCCGCAGAUAACACUAUUUGCUUGAUUCAAUUUAUAUGGUUUACGUGGAUUUGGAUCAUAAAUAAAAUAUUUAAAAACUGUA